GAAGAGAGACUGUUGAACUUGUUGAACUAACUGAACCAACUGAACCAACUGAACUGAACGAUGAAGACGACUGCCAACGAGGACGUGUCUCAGUCCAAUGCGAGCCUUGCCGUGAGUGGCUUUUUCGAUGAAGAUGAAGAUGGAGAUACGACGAAGGAAGAGCGGGAAGAGAUUGCCAAGGACGAGAAUCGUCUGAUAGGAGGGAUACGGUUGCUGGUGGUGGUGGUCUUGGUGGCAUCUGCGUUGGCUGUUUCUAUUUCUGUCUAUCGCUAUAUGAGUGGAUCCGAAGAAGAAGCCUUUGAGACCAAGUUUGAAAGUGAUGCAGACAAGGUCCUGGAAGCCAUGGGCAAGACAUUGGAUCAGACUGUGGGUGCUACCGAUGCCUUUAUCCGCCAGAUUGUGUCGCAUGCCCGUCAUUCCAACAGCACCUGGCCAUUUGUGACAAUGCCAGACUAUGGCCUGCACGCAGGAAAACUCUUGAAACUGUCCAAAGACUUUACCUGCUCCAUCUGCGUUUUUGUAGAACCGGAUCAACGAGAAGAUUGGCUCGAGUAUGCGAACGACAACUUGCAUUGGGUAGACGAAGCCAAAGCGAUCCAAGACAAGGAUCCAGACUGGACCAAGUCGCAGGAUUUUGUCAACACCAUCAACUACGAUCUGUGGGGGUUUGAUGGACCAGGGCGAAUCAAUAUCACGGAGCCAACACACUACAAGAACAAUUUCCUUCCGUACUGGCAGCAGUAUCCAAUGGUCAAGGAGCGGGAAGAUGCCAUUUCUGUCAUCAACCAUGACGUGUGGCAAGCACCCUCCACUGCAGUGGCGGUGCUGGAUGCCGUGCAAAACCAACGAGUCGUCGUUGCUCCUGUGGCCAACAUUGCGGAGGAUUCUGCGGAUGAGUUGACCCUUUACAUUGCAGACAUUAUUCGAAAUUGGGCCAAACAAUACAUCAGUGAAGAGGAUGAUUCCCGUGAGCCCAUUGGUGGCAUGUGGUAUCCCAUGUAUGACUCACUGGAGUCGAUCCACCUAAACCUUACCAAAGACCAACAACCAGUAGGAGUCUUCUAUGCUGGGUUCUUUUGGAGAGAGCUGAUUCGGGACAUUCUACCCUCUGGAUCCAACGGCAUCAUCCUCGUCUAUUCCGAUGGAUGUGGGCCAACGUUUACGUACCAGCUAAAUGGACCCAAUACGAUCUUUCUGGGGGCAGGAGACCUACAUGAUUCCAAGUACGAUGCCAUGGGCAGGUCCCUCACUCUUUUUGAAAUCAUGGAUGCCACCAAGAAGCAGGACAAUGAGGAGGGAUAUGCCACCAAAAGCAAAAGCAGCUACUCGGGGCUGCCACUAUCAGAGACGUUCUGCCCAGGAAACAUUUAUGUCUACCCAUCUCAGACCAUGGAAGACGACUACGUGACAAAUCAGCCAUUACUGUUUACGCUGGCUUGUGUGGCUAUCUUUGUUUUCACAUCGGCUGUCUUUAUCACUUACGAUCUCCUGGUGGCUCGUAGGCAGCGGAUUGUCAUGGAAAGAGCCCUUGCAUCUGGAGCCAUUGUCAGCUCUCUCUUUCCUGAAAAGGUGAAACAACAGCUGUACGCAGAGCAAAAGCAGGAAAAACAGCCAAAGAAGGAGAUGACCAUAAAGGGCUUGUUCGAUGAUGCUGAACACGGUAUGGCUGUAGAAUCUUCCAAGCCCAUUGCUGACUUGUUUGAAAACACGACGAUAUUCUUUGCCGAUCUGGCUGGAUUCACAGCAUGGUCAGCCAAUCGGACCCCCUCGGAAGUCUUUGUGCUGCUGGAAACUCUUUAUGGCGCAUUUGACAAGAUCGCGGACCGUAGAAAAGUGUUCAAGGUAGAAACGAUCGGUGAUUGCUACGUAGCCGUCACGGGGAUUCCAGAGCCACAGCAGAACCAUGCUGUGAUCAUGGCAAGGUUCGCGAGAGAUUGCUUGACGGAGACGAAUCAGAUCGCUCGUGAGUUGGCGGACACCAUGGGAGAGGAUACCAGGGACCUAGAAAUGCGUGUGGGGCUACACAGCGGGUCGACCACUGCGGGAGUGCUUCGAGGGAAAAAGGGUCGCUUUCAGUUGUUUGGCGACACAGUAAACACAGCUUCGAGGAUGGAGAGCACAGGUGUCAAGGGGCGAAUUCACGUUUCCCAAGCAACUGCUGAUGCUCUAAUUGCUUGUGGUAAAGAAAGCUGGGUUUCUCCAAGACCAGAUAAGAUUGUUGCAAAGGGAAAGGGCGAAAUGCAGACGUACUUUAUUCAAAUUGCCACGGGCAGCGAGGUGUCUAGGGUCACCAAGCUUUCCGAUUCGUCUGGUGAGCCGGAGCUAGACGUGCCGUCGCGCCAAAGAAGGGAUGCUCACCCUGGUGCGUCGUCUUUGGAGGAAGACGAUAACGUUUCGGUGUAAGGAAUGUUGCUCUGCCUGGAAUAGAGAACGACUCUUUCGGAUCUCCUCGGUUGAAAGGGGUGGCAAUUAUCGCGAUACUAAAUACCUACUGUUGGAGGCAUUGCGCGCUGCCCACAGCUGCACAGAUGCAUGUAAAGAUAUAUACGAGUUGUUCCUUCAAACUCACCGAAGCGCAACCUUCAUGUCAUUGCUGCCCGGUAAAUCCAUAGGCUUCUGGUACCGGACCAUCACCAGAUGCGUUACAAGUAGUUUUGCAAGUUGCGAGCAUCCAUCACAGACAGAUGAAGCGUCUCGUUUUCUUAAACAAAUCACUGUUGAAGUGAUAAGACUUUUUUCGCAGCUCAAUGCUGUGGGUCCGUGUUGGGUUCCACCCGUGCAGUUCUGGUGGUGGUCCAGAUAUAUGUUGUCCAGGUGUAGGGCGUGGACUUUGGCGGGCAGUGGUGAGAUCAAGGCUAGCUUCAGAGCCAGGAGUUGCUUGUUUCUCUGCUGGACUUGUGAGGUUUGGUUCAGCCAGGUGUAGGACAAGAGCUUGUGCAGGCGACAAAAAAAGAGGCUGUUCCUGCUGAACUUGAAGGCUCAAUCUGGCCUCCUACGAUGGCUGAUGUGACCCACACCCCCACACACUGCACACAGUCCGCCAGUUAGCUAGCUGGUACAUGUAGUUGAUUUCGAGGACGGCCGUGCUGACGUCUUGUAACCACUAGCUACCGGUAGCACCAAGAGGCAGUAGCGACAAGGGAGAAAGCGAGUACGCUGAACGUGCCACACGUCGAGUUCGUUGCCCGCUUUUUAAAGCUGCUGCCUGGACAGCUAAAGAUCCGCUCAUCAAAGCUAGUAUAUGGCUGUACAAAUACUCUGCCCCGGAAUUUGACAAAGUUUAGUCUUACCUCGGUUCAUUGCUGCCAUAAAGCUUUCGGUAGAGGUGGAAGAAAGCUUUGGAUCCCUGGAUAGCUUCUACUUGCCGGGAAAUAACUAGAGCUAGCCGGCUGAGCGCCCAAUUGAAAGAUACGAAACUGCCCAGUAGGUACCGUACGGCUGGCUAUGGGGAAGUGCGGCGCUUGCUGCUCCGUCGCCAACUGGCUAUUGAUUCAGUCAGCGCAGCUACCGUGGGUUGCUUGUAGAUA